AUGCUUGGACCUUUUUGCAAAGUACCUAGACGGCCAAACGUUGACACAGAAGGAUGUUGCGCACGAUCUGCGAAUCAGGCUGAAAUUAUGGGCGGCUUACACCGGCGCGCCCUUGCUUCUUCAGGCACUUCGUUGGACGAUCGACUCAUUUUCCACGACGAUGUGAAAUCUAUGGUGCUAAAGCUUCUGUGUAUGGUUGAGCGGAGUCUCAAAAGUGCAAUCUUACGCAAUGAACAUUCUACGCAUUAUUUCGAUCCAUCUACUCCCCAAGAUGGACUUCCUGAAUCAGCUGAGUCAGCCACUUCUCAGAGGCGCUCUUUUCAUGGUCUUGACGCCGUCUCGGCUUCGCUCGACCGACUCCACAGGCUUGCCACGGCUAUCCGACGAUCUUCCAUUGAAAGCCAGAAAGACAAGCUCUUAACGAAGACAUCGUGUUCCGAGGAAGAUACUUAUCAGCAACUAACUUCAGCUCUUAUCUUCCACCGAAAAAGGCUUCUCUAUGGGCCCCGACACAACAAGAAAUUGGCUUCGGAGCAGCAGAAAAAAAAACGAGGUGGUCUAAACGAUGCUGAUCACUUGAUUCAACGAGUGCUCAUGCGCAAUGCUCAAGAAACCAAUCUCGCUGAUAUCGGCAUGCCUCCUGAGCUCUCACAAACCGAGCCACUUUCGAAAACGGAGGCUUCUAUUCCUAAUUCUCAACUUCGUCUUGCUGUACUCAAAGCAUCCAGGCCAGUCGCCUCCAUUGUUAGUGUUGGAUCAUCUGUCUAUGGAGAUCACUUCCAUUAUCCGGAUGCGCCGACUUUCAAGAAAGACGCCAAAUUUCACCCUUGUCCAUAUUGUGCGGAACCUCUGUCGACCAAGAGACUUGGUCCAGAGAGAAGAGAUUUUUGGAGAUCCCAUGUGAUCCGAGAUCUUGAGCCCUAUGUCUGCAUCUCGGACGAUUGCAGAGAUCCGUUACAGUUCUUCGUCCAUUUCAAAGAUUGGCUUGACCACAUGAAUUCCAAGCAUACGACAGAGUGGUAUCGGACAGUCCACAUGUGCACCUGGCAUUGCAACUUGAGUCAUGAAGAAACGCAGUAUUUUGACAGCAAAGCCAGGUUCGACAUACAUACCAGAGAGGCUCAUGCCAAUUUGACUUCAACGCAGAUAAUUGCUCAUAUCAAAAGAAGCAAGGCUACAGGAGUCCGACAACAAUUUGUGUGCCCACUGUGUGAGACGGUCCCCGACACGCUCCAGGGUUCAGACGUUCGACUACAGCUCGAGGGUGCCCAAAGACUCCUUGCAAAGCACGUUGGUUCGCACAUCAAAGCCCUGUCUCUUCUGUCAUUUCGGCUUGUUCCCUUGAAUGCUAGUGAGCAGGUCACUACAAUCUCGUCAUGUUCCAGCAAUAACUUGUCGAUGAAUUCCAGGCAGACGGUGGACGGUUCCAGGCGUCUAUCUGACAUUGACUCGGAGCUAGACGUUCCUAAAACCUGGACUGCAGAUGCCGAGCAGCAUGGCGUACCUUUCGGUGAUGAUAUCGACACUGACAAGAAUACCAGUGCUUCCCGAAACCAGUCGCCGGGUGAAUCCCAGCAAUUUGGAGCACUUUCAGAUGGUAUGCUGACGGGUGGCAAUCCUACUGCUCUAGACCAAGCUGUCAUUCAUCAUCUAAGCUGCCGAUCGUUGGAGAUCGGUACUUGGAGGAGAAUGGAUCAAAAUACGAAGGACUUGGUCGUGUUUUAUUCUCCCGCCAAAGCCCGCAUGACCUAUUAUAUUAAAAAUGUCUCUGUUGGAUACAUGAUCGAAUACCCUUUCGCUUUCAUCACCAAAGUCUCGCAACUCCCUAAUAAACUUGUGUCUUUUCGGUACAGACCCAUUUUGUACGAUCUGAAUGGACGUCGGACGGUGCGCGACGUAAGAACCAGCCCCCAGCAACAGGCCAACGAGACACAAGUCCACCUCCAACAGGCUGGGUCCCACAUGAUAGAAGGCCAUACAAGGACUGAAGUUCCUGAUACCGAUCGCGAAAUGUGGGAUUUCCUGCCUGGCUUUGAGCACCUACGGCAUCAGCAAAACACGUCCUACCCUACACUACCUGGUCAGGAGAUGUACCAAAAUUUUAUGUCCGGGGCUCAGGGCCUGUUGCAACGUGGGAACGUGGGAACGUGGGAACGAAGCUUUAACUCGACAGUGAGGACAGGUGUCCAGCCGUCCAACAAGGUCACGGCAGGCACUCUCGAUUUUGAGAGUUUACUACCACCGCUCCAAGCACGCCUCAAAGGACGGAAGUGCCUGGUUCUUGAUCUUGAUGAGACACUGAUCCACAGCAGUUUCAAGGUCCUUAAUCAAGCGGAUUUUACCAUUCCCCUCAAUAUUCGCGGUCAAUACCAUGACGCUUAUGUGGUGAAGCGACCCGGUAUAGACCAAUUUCUGAAGCGCAUGGGUGAGUUGUUUGAAGUUGUUAUCUUCUCCGAGAAAGCAUCCUCGUACGUGAAUCCCAUCAUUGACCAACUCGACAUCUUCCAAGUGGUCAAUCAUCGACUUUUUCGAGAGUCAUGCCACUGGGACUACUACCAGUCCGAACCCGACGACGACGACGACGACGACGGUCUAUACUUCAAGGACUUGAGCCGGCUCGGACGAGAUCUGACGUCGAUAAUCAUGCUUGAUAAUUCGCCGACGUCAUAUCGCUUUCACCCGCAGCACGCAGUACCCAUCAGCUCCUGGUUCUCCGAUGCUCAUGACAAUGAGCUGUUGGAGAUAAUCCCGGUACUCGAAGACUUGGCCGAUCCGCAUGUCACAGACGUGAGUGUAGUUCUUGACAUCGCAUGUUGA